AUGGAAGCCAAGAACGAGACGCGCUUUGUGGAAUUCCUUCUCCUGGGAUUCUCAGAGGACCCGGCCCUCCAGCCUCUCAUCUUCGGGCUGUUCCUCUCCAUGUACCUGGUCACUGUCAUUGGGAACCUGCUCAUCGUCCUGGCCAUCCUCUCUGACCCACACCUCCACACGCCCAUGUACUUCUUCCUCGCCAACCUGUCCAUGGUGGAUGUCUGCUUCUCCUCCACCACCGUCCCCAAGAUGCUGGUGAACAUCCAGAUGCAGAGCAGAGCCAUCAGCUACGCGGGCUGCAUCACACAGAUGUUCUUUUUGUUGCUUUUCUCGGGAUUGGACAUAUUUUUGCUGACCGUGAUGGCCUAUGACCGCUUUGUGGCCAUCUGUCACCCCCUGCACUACGCGGUCAUCAUGAGCCCUCGGCUCUGUGCGCGGCUGGUGCUGGUGUGCUGGGCCAUCAGUGUCCUGAAUUCCUUGUCGCACAGCUUCCUGGCGCUGCGGCUGUCCUUCUGUGCACACUUAGACAUCCCCCACUUCUUCUGUGAGCUGGACCAGGUGGUCCACAGGGCCUGUUCCGACACCCUUCUUAAUGACAUGGUCAUCUACCUAACCGCCAUGCUGCUGGCUGUGUGUCCCCUGGCUGGAAUCCUGUACUCUUACUCCAAGAUCGUCUCUGCCAUCCGUGCCAUCUCGUCAGCUCAGGGCAAGUAUAAAGCCUUCUCCACCUGUGCCUCUCACCUCUCUGCCGUCUCCCUAUUUUAUGGCACACUUCUAGGUGUGUACCUCAGCUCUGCUGUUACCCAAAACCCACACUCAACCGCAACAGCCUCUUUCAUGUACACCGUGGUCACCCCCAUGCUGAACCCCUUCAUCUACAGCCUGAGGAAUAAAGAUAUUAACAGAGCCCUGAAGUCAUUCUUUGGGAAGGAGACCAGAAGUAUGUCAGGUAAUUCACCUUGA